AUGAUAGAUAUAACAGCACGUUCGGUAACGAUAAAAAAAGGAAUGAUUAAUUUUAAUAUAUUAUCAGUAACACAACCAUUAAUAAUUAAUGAACAAAUUAUUUCUAUUGCAAUUAAUUCAAUAUUACAAAGUACUGAUAAUUUCUUACUUAUUCUUGAUAUUCAAAGAAGUUCUAAACCUUUAAUUAUUCAAAAAAUUCCAGUUAUUAGUCCUCGUUCUCAUCCAGUAGCUUUUCUUGAAACUAAGAAAAGACCAAGUAUUGUAGUUUCAUUAGAAAAUCAAUUUAAAUAUAUGUGUGAUAAUCAAGUUAUUAUUAUUGGAAAUAUGACAGAAUCACCAUGUUCUUCACUUCAUCUUGAUAAUAAAAUUUGUAACUAUAUUGGUGGAUCAAUAUAUUUAAAUUCAAAUGGAAAUAUUGAUUAUUCAUGUCCUUGUAAUAAUGAUAAAAAUGUAAAUAAAACAUUAUUAAUUAAUUCUAAAGAAUAUUAUAUAAAACAAAAUGAAGAAUAUAAUCAAAUUUAUAAUCAAUAUAAUAGUAUUUUAUAUUCUCAAAAUAAAGAACUUGUUAUUAUAUUAGAACAAGAUAUUCAAAUAAAUGGAAAUAAUAAUUCUAUUUUAUUUAAACUAAUUGGUGAUAAUAAUAAUAUUUUAAAUAUUCAUAUUAAGGGAACUGCUAUUCUAUUUUGUGAAUUACAUUUUGGAUAUGAUAUACAUAUUCAAUCUAGGUCUGUUAGUUUAUCUCAAAACGGUUUAUGUAAAGUUGUAGUAAUUGAAAAUAAUAAAAUAUAUUGUGCAGUUUGUCGUUAUUUAAUGAAAAAUAAUGAAUGUUUAAGUGGUAAAGUUGAAGAAUGUAUGCAUUAUACAAAUAAUGGAAAAUGUUUUCAGUGUAAUGAAAGAUAUUAUAUUGAUAGAGAAAAGAAUAAAUGUAAUAAAUGCUCUGAACAUUGUCAAUAUUGUAAUUCAAAUGAAUGUAUUUUAUGUUAUAAUGGUUAUCAACUUCAAAAUAAAAAAUGUAUAUUAUAUAAAGAACCAUGUAAUUAUUUUAAAGGAGAUAUUUGUUAUAAAUGUCCUCUUGGAUAUUAUAAUAUAAAUGGUAUUUGUACUAAAUGUAAAGAAGGAUGUAUAAUGUGUCAAAAUAAUAAUACUUGUGAAAGUUGUGAUAUUGGUAAUGGGUAUUUUGGAACAAAUUGUUCAUAUAUUGAACAUUCAAAAAUAAUUAGUUCAAUAGUAAUUUGUGAAUAUGGAUAUUAUUAUAAUGGAAGCAUUUGUACACAAUGUGGAAAUAAUUGUGGAGAAUGUCAAAUAGAUUCAUAUGGAAUAAAAACAUGUUUAUCAUGUAUAAGUGAUGAAUAU